CUCAUCCGCCCUGGUCGUUACAUUCUCGUCACCACUAUUGCUUCCCCUAGUGAGACAUAUCGAUCCCUCUAUUGACUCUGGCGCUUUGUACAAUGAGUCUGUUUUCCGAUCGACAUCGCAAUGCCGCCCUUCCUUCCGCGAAAGCGACUGAAUGACACCCCGCCACCUGUCUCUCACCAGACACCUCCGAAGAAACCGAGACUCACAGAUGUACUCGAUGCCCAACCAAGGAAUGGACGUUCUCUACAAUCCCAAAGAGCCUUUUCCCUUGGAAGUGACGAUUCGGACUCUUCUUUGAGUGAAAUUGACAGCGACGAAGUCCAAGAUGUGUCGCCUGUCUUUACCAAGUCUACAACUUCUGUUCCUCCAUCAGGCACAUCCAAAGUCAAUGGAGAUGACGAAAGCGAAGAUGACGACGACAUUGAGUGGGAAGAUGCAGGCGCAGCACUGCCUGAACAGGCCCCAGUUCAUACACCAUUGGCAGAUGGUCCCAUCGAGCUUGUCUUUCGCAAAGACGACGUGGAGAUUGAUUAUGGCACAGCUGCAACCGCGACCUCUGGCAAGAAAGGGCCAACCAAACGGGAGAAAGAAGCGCGCAUCCGAACCCAUCAGAUGCACGUCCAAUUCCUUCUAUGGCAUAACUCAAUACGAAACAGAUGGAUAUCCGACCAAACAGUGCAGCAGACGUUAAUUCAACAACUACCUGCACAGGUCAAAAAGGAAGUGGAUAGAUGGAAGAGAGCCAGUGGUCUCACUAUACCAGGCUCCAAGAGCAAAGAAACCAAGGACAAAAAUGGCAAGCGACGGAGACAGGACAAGUCCAAUCCGAGAAACGAAAGAGACUGGGGAAGACCAAGCCAGCUUCUGGAGCCGGGCAGGCCUGACAUGAGCAAUGGUGAUCCUCUGAUUCAUUUGCUCAAAGUUCUGGCUGCUUAUUGGAAGAAGAGAUUCGCCAUUACUGCUCCAGGCCUGAGAAAACGAGGGUAUGGCACCAAACAGUCCAUGAAACAGAUCAUCUAUUCCUUUAGGAACGAUGAGCAUGACCCAGAAGAACACGGUGAACGUAUCAAAGAUCUCGGUGAAUUUCGGCAAUUGGCCAAAAGAUGUGAGGGGUCAAGAGACGUCGGCGCUCAAUUGUUCACAGCCUUGCUGAGAGGUCUCGGCAUCGAGUCCAGACUGGUCGCAAGCCUUCAGCCUAGUGGCUUUGGUUGGACAAAGGCCGAGCAAAUGUUGCCGAAAAGAGCCCCCACAACCAACGACUAUGAAGAAUCGAGUAGCGCCUCCGAUGACUCGGACGAACAAGAUUCAAAAUCUAUAUCUGAAAUCGCAAAGCCAAAACCCGUGUCCGCCACUCGGCGAGGAAAGAAGCCAGCUUCUGCAACACCAAUCAAUCUGGACACUGACGAUGACUCUGUCGUUGACGUGACUCCGUCAAUACCAAAGAGACGACCCCAGAAGUAUGAUCGAGACGUCUUCUUCCCAAUUUACUGGACUGAAGCAAUAUCUCCAAUCACGAACAAAGUUCUGCCCGUGUCGCCUCUCGUCCUAACUUCUCCCGUGGCAUCAAACCCGGAUGUUCUAUAUACAUUCGAGCCUCGCGGUGCAAAGGCGGAGAAAUCCAAAACUAUCAUUGCGUAUGUUGUGGCAUACUCGUCCGAUGGCACAGCCAAAGACGUGACUGUGCGAUAUCUGAAGAACAGAAUCUGGCCCGGCAAGACCAAAGGCUUCCGGUUUCCUAUUGAGAAGAUCCCCAUAUACAAUAAAUAUGGCAAAGUGAAAAGAUACGAGGAUUAUGAUUGGUUCAAACAUGUUAUGAGCGGAUAUCGACGCCCAGGUCUCAUGAGAACUGCUGUGGAUGAUAUAGAGGAAACUACUGACCUUGUGCCUCAACUACCGCCUAAAAAGGAUGUCAAGGAGGAUGUUGAUACCCUACAAAGCCUGAAAAGCUCGGCAGAUUUUGUUCUGGAACGAUUUCUUAGACGAGAGGAAGCCCUUCGGCCCAAUGCUGAGCCUGUCAGAACCUUUGUCUCCGGAAAGGGCGACAAUCUCAAAGAAGAGCCUGUCUAUCGUCGAAGCGAUGUCGAGAGGUGCCUGACUGCAGAAUCAUGGCACAAGGAGGGACGCAGACCGCUCGCGGGCGAAGCACCGAUGAAGCUGGUACCUGUUCGAGCCGUCACAUUGACCAGGAAGCGAGAGGCCGAAGAGCAUGAGCGGGUGACUGGGCAAAAGCAAAUGCAAGGCCUGUACUCAUGGGACCAAACAGAAUACAUCAUCCCUCCACCCAUUGAAAAUGGCGUCAUUCCCAAGAAUGCAUAUGGAAACAUUGAUUGUUUUGUUCCUAGCAUGGUUCCCAGAGGUGCCGUUCAUGUGCCACUCAGAGGCACGGUCCGACUCUGCAAAAGAUUGGACAUCGAUUUCGCCGAGGCAGUCACAGGAUUCGAAUUUGGGAACAAGCGAGCAGUUCCGGUCUGCACCGGAGUGGUGGUGGCCAAAGAGAACGAAAAGUUGUUGAAGGAUGCCUGGCGAGAAUUCAACGAACAACAAAGAAAGAAGGAAGAAACAAAGAUGGAAAAGUUGGUAUUGGAACUUUGGCGGAAAUUUGUCAUGGGCUUGAGAAUUCGAGAAAAGGUCCAAGACACAUAUGGUGACGCUGGGGUACCUGAGGUUAUGACCGGCUUCAGCAGAGAUCGGCCCAUUGCUCUGGACGAUGAUGAGGAUGAUGAAAACAGAGGGCAUUCACCUCAACAUGAUGACGAUUUCGGUGGAGGUUUCUUGCUAGACGACGAGGAGCCCCAAAUUCCCGAAGACUUGGAAAUGGUCCAUCAUGAAGAACCUCCGCCAGCCAAAGCAUUAAAAGGCAAGGAAAGGGCAACAACUCAGUACCCCACGCCGUCCAGUAUCUCCCAAAUCAAGCCUGCAGUAAGAAGACAACGAAAAUCUCUUCUCCAAGAAGCCGAGACUAGUGAGAGUAAUCUUACAGAGUUAUCGGCCAGUGCUAGUGACUUGAAAGAUGAGGAAAGUGACGACGAUUCUGAUGCUCGUUCAGUGGCCUCGAACAUCAAACCACCAAAUCGAAGCCAGCAGAAAGCCAGAAUCGAAGUGACUAUCCCGAAGGUAAUUCCCAAGCGGUCGACGCAGAGGGCAUCAAUGGUUGUCGACUCAGAUUCGGAAGAACUUAGCAACAUGUCAUCAGAGGGAAGCCUCGACACCGGCACUGAAGAUGACUAUGUUCCUCGUUCUUCGACACGUAGAUCCGCCCAGGCGAGAUUGAAGCAAAAGUCCCAGUCUGAACCAACGCCUAGCACGAGGAGUUCUCGCCGAAAUCAGAAGACUCCCACAGAGGCCGAUGACGGUGGUUUAGAAACCCACGAGACGCCUAAGAAGACUCGACGAGGAGGUCGUCUUUUCAAGCGUGAUAGCACGCUUGUGACAAGUCCAUAUUUUCAGGGAUGAAAUACAUGUCUUGAUAGAGAAUCACGCCUCGUGUUACUGAACAUCCAAAUGUACCAUACUACCAUG